AUGGAAGCCAGGGGCACGGGCAGGGCUCGGGGUUACCUGGGAACCGCGGCCGCAGCGCCCGCGGCGCUGCUGUUCCAGCUUCAGUUGCGUGGAGAGCGCGAUCCUCGAUUCCUGAGAGAGAAGCUCAACAGGAAUGAGGCCAGUGCUGGGGAGAGUAGUCUGCCCAGAAUUGGUCCAUUUCUACCCACGAGUGAGACUGGUCAGAAGUUGUUGCCAGUUCUCCCGAAACAGAGCUUGUUUCGUGUUUCCCCACCAGAGCUGGUGUUUCAGAACUUCGUGGCUCAUGAAGUCUCUGAAAUGGAACUGUCUCUCACAAAUGAGAGCAAGUGUGUUCAGCUGGUGCAGGUCUCCAUGCAGAGCUCACCUUGUUUCAGGCUGGUGUGCCCCAACGAGGCGUACCGUGCUGUGCCGCGAGGUGCGACUGCCCGUGUGCGCAUUCAAUUCACCCCCAACGAGAGCAAGGAUUAUUCCCAUGAGCUUGUCUGCAUCACCAAAACAGAAAGGAUAGUUGUGCCAAUCCGGGCCAUUGCUGCCCGAGCUAUCCUGAACAUCCCAGACCAGCUGAACUUCUCGGAGUGUCCAGUCAAGAGCAGCACCAAGAGGACUCUGCUGCUUCGCAACACUGGCAGCCUGGAGGCUCAUUACUACAUCAGCACCCAGAGUCCUUUCUCCGUGGUUCCGGCCAUGGGAACUCUGGGUGCUGGUGACAGCGUGCAGGUGACAGUGGGAUUUCACCCACUGACCACUGGUGCCCAUUUUGGGUCCAUGGUAGUGUGCUACAACACAGGUGAAGAAAUGAUCCACACAAACCUUCAGGGAGAAGCUGUAGAUGUCAGCAUCGGGUUGAGGACGUAUUCCGUGGAGCUGAAGAAGACUUUCAUCACCAUGUCAAGCCACACAACCAUGUUCAUCGAGAACAGGAGUAACAUCAGAGCCCAGUUCCAGUGGAAGACUUUUCCUAGUGAGGAAGAUGAGAAUGAAGAGAAGAGGAGGCAGUGUUACCUGCUGCGAUCACCGAGAGAGGCCUGCGUGGACAACACGACGGAAGAGAGAAGAAGAGCGAAGAAGAAGGGUUCCUGUGAAGAUCGCCGCGCCAUCCUGAAGAGCAGCGUCCGGGAGAAGAUGAUGAAGCUGAAAGAAGACCCCAUGCUAUUCUCCAGUGAUGCUUUUUCCCUUGAGCCAAUGGAGGGAGAGAUCGAGCCAAACAGUUCAGUCCAAAUCAAGGUGACCUUUAAACCCCUAAAGGCCCGAGAGUAUCGAAGUGUGGCCUACUGCAACAUCUCAGGCCGUGGGAGCAGGCUGCCCCUGCACCUCAGAGGGGAAGGCCAAGGACCCGUGGUUGAAUUCAGCCGUCAAAUGCUGAAACUUGGGAACAUUUCUGUCAACACCUCCCACGUCUAUGAGGUGAAACUGAUGAACCGAGGAGCUAUAGAUGCUCCCUUCACCUAUAUCCCUUCAGCCACAAACGUGGGCUGCUGCUUCAAGUUUGCACCCGAGGAGGGCGUCAUUGCAGCAGGUGGGAUCCGGACGAUUCACAUCUCCUUCAAUGCCACCGUACUGGGGAGCUUUGAGGAACAAUUCCAGUUCCGUGUGGCUGCAUCUCCUACGCCUGUGACCCUGACAGUCUGGGGCUGUGUCACUGGACCUGCUUUACACUUCGACCUCCAUGAGCUCCACUUCGGUGACAUCUCCUUUGGCUUUCCCCGCACCAUGACCUGUCGCCUCACUAACACCUCCCCGGUGGCCGUGACAUUCAAGCUCCGCAUGUCGGACGAUGGCACGCAGCCUGCUGUCAGUAGCUUGGAUCAGAUAUGCAAGGACAGUGACCCAUCCUGGAGAAAGGGAAUUCAUUUCUAUGUGGAGCCAAGGGAGUUUACAAUGAAUCCCAGCCAAGGGACCAUCCUCCCCCAGGGACACCAGGAUAUCGAGGUGACCCUGUGCUCCAACACGGUGAUGGAAUACUACCGGAAAAUGCUGGUGGACCUGGUGGACCUGGAGGGUGUUGGCAAGGAAGUGGCAUCACUGAUCAUCACAGCCAGAUGUCUGGUUCCUGAGCUGCAAGUGUACCCCCAAAUCAUGCGCUGCAAUCAGUGCCACCUGAAGGAGCCAUACGAGAAGAAGUUCAUCAUCACCAAUAAAACUGACCUUCCUGGCUGCUACGGGCUUAUUCCCCAGAAACGCAAGGAGGACUCUCCUGUGUUGUACUCCAGCCCCAAACCCUGUGGCAUUGUCCAGCCUCACAGCACUGCAGAGAUUCCGGUUACAAUCGAGGUCCAAACAUUGGGCGAUCAUCGCACCAAUGUUCUGAUCGGCGUGUUUGGGGAUGAAAGAAACCCACUGAGAGCAGAAUUCCUGAGCUCUGGAGAGCUGGCAGAAAUCUAUGGAACUCCAAAGAAGAUAGACUUUGGCAUGAUCCCACCGCUACAGCCGAGCUCACAAACUCUUACCCUCUUCAACAAAGGUCUUGUCCCUGUAGACUUCAGGAUAAAGAUUGCUGAUAAACCCCAGUGCUUUGUUCUUGAAACGGAAGAAGGAGUGAUCCCCGCUAGGGGUGAGGUUCCUGUGACUGUCACAGCCAUCCUGGAUGACACUGGGCAUUUUGCUGACUCCAUCCAGCUCUUCAUCGGGAACAGCUUUUGGUUCAACUUCUUACUGAGGGCUAUGGGCACUGGCACCACAAUUGUCACAGACAAACCACUGGCCCCAGAGCUCAACUUGGGAUACCAAUUCAGCCACCUUCCCAGUACUCAUCAGUUCCAAGUAACAAACAGGGGCCACCAUUUCCAUCGGCUCUUCUGGAGCGUGGAAUGCUGGAGGCCACCCAAGAAGAAGGGCCAGAGCGUCUCAGCCCUCAGCAGCCCCAAGGCCCAAGAUGAUUUGGAGCCCCCCGGUCGUACAAGCGCCGUGUUCGGGCUGGAGCCAGGCUCAUGGGAGCUGCAGCCAGGCGAGUCUGUGGACAUGGUGCUGCGAGGCUUCUCCCACACCCCACAGGAGGUGCGGGAUUACAUGAAGUGUGAAGCUCUCGUUGGCACAAGCGUGGUGACAAAGAAGAUAAUAGAAACAAUCAUUAGCUGCAAGUUCAUAGAUCCCUCUAUAGAAGUAUCAGCCAGAAAACUCUCUUUCCGGGUGGAGAAGAAACCCAGUGAUGUCCUAACUCUGCAGUACCAGCCUUUGGCUUUAAAAAACACCUGCUCCCUGCCGCUCCACCUCGUGCUGGACGUGGAGCAGCCGUUUCUGGUCUGUGAUGAGGAGCAGCAGCCCCUCCCAGAUGGCCAGCCUGUGACAGUGGGUGUAGAGGAGACCUGCCAUGUCUACAUUGCAUUUGACCCAGCUUAUAAACUGGAGCUUAACAGCUGGCAAGAAAAGAAGAUUCUGAAGAUAGACAUGGUUAGGGACCAUCCUAAUGUGGAGCAUAUCGAGCUUUGGGGAGAAGUCCACUUCCCCAAUCUCCAAAUCCAGCCCAGCAGCCUGGAGUUUGGCUGCAUCGUGGCUGGCACGGAAGCAGUGCGCUCUCUGAGGAUGAGCAACUGCAGCCCCCUUCCUGUGGAGUACCACUGGUCAUUCCAGGCAGACAGCCAGGUGCACAAGUUCAGGCAUUACAUCCCAGUGGGGCUGGCAGGAUUCAGUCACUCCGUGGAUGUACCAUGGACUCCCCUCAAAGUGGAGAAGGCUUUCAGUAUCCUGCCGCUGUCGGGUGUGCUGCAGCCGGGAGAGAGACAGCAGGUCUCCUUCACCUUCACUGGCCACCUCAACACCAUGGCCCAUGUCACAGCGCUGUGCCACGUGGAGGGAGGCCCCACCUACGAGGUGAAGCUGAGCGGGGAGGCCUCACGUGUCAGCUACUCCCUGAGCGCCCGGGAGAUCAACUGCGGCUCCCAGAUGUUUAACGAAGUUCAUCACAGCACGGUCAUCCUGGCGAACACCAGCAAGAUUAAAUUCAACUGGGUGCUAGAACCCAGCACUGCAGACCAAGACCUGCCUGGUGUGUUUCUGGUCAAGCCCACCACUGGCUCCAUUGCAUGUGGCAGGAAGCAAGUGCUGAGAUUCUCUUACAUGCCAGGAGUACCAGGAGCCUUUAGCAGGACAUACCAGCUUAAAGUGGGUGACCUGGAGCCGGAAAAGAUCUGCCUGAAAGGAGAAGCGUCCUUUCCUAUGAUCAGUGUGAACCUGCCCUGGAACAUCAAAGGAAAUGAGAAACGUGGAAAGCCACUACGGCUUGCAGAACACACGCAGCAAUACAGUGAGACCCUGAAAAUUCAGAUCCCAGCAGCUCAGCCCUUAAAAAGUCCAGAUGUGAAGACUGGGAAGCUGAAGCCGUGCAUGCUUGAAGGCUCUGACAUUGUAGCAAACACUCGGCUGCAGAUAAAGAUGAUCGAGAAGGCUGCUCUGGAGCUGCAGAAAAAGCUCACAUCCCAUCCCCCAAAGACCGAGUUCCCUGACAAAAAGCUGUGCCAGAGCCUUGUCAAAGUUGAGCUGCCAGAGUAUGUCCUGGACAUGGGCACUGUCCUGAAGGGUUUCACUGAGAGACGCACCCUGGAGAUCACCAACCCUGGGCAGAUCCCAGUGUCCUUCUGGGUCGAUGCAUCUGUCCUGCAGGACACAGGUUUCAGCGUGGACCUGGGCCAGAUGAAGAGUCUGCCCCACAUGCACACCCUGAGGUUUGAUGUGAAUUUUGAAAGUGCCCAGCAAUCACAGGGUGAUGUGGAUGUGCUGCUGCCCAUACAGGUAACAAAAGGCCCCACGUCUCACAUCCGCCUCCGUGCCACUGUCUUGGAACUGUCGCUCGACCUCUCCAAGAACACACUGCACUUCCCCAAUGUCCUCGUUGGGCAGGGCCAGGUUGAGACAGUCCAGCUCUACAACGGGUUCCAAGUGCCCUGCAAAUGGUUCAUCACUGCCAUCAAGCCUGUUAUGAAGAGCAAUCAACUCAGAUACCUGACACGAGCCCAAGGUCAGAAGCAGCAGGCGCUGGAGGAAGGGCGCUGUCCCUUUGAAGUGACGCCCUCCAAAGGAACCCUUGAUGCAGGAGCGUGGCAGAACUUGCAAAUCCAGUUUGCACCCAAGGAGGAGAGGUCUUACAAGUAUGAGCUGAAGCUUAACAUUCAUGGGAGCAGCAAUCACUUAAGGCUGCACCUCUUGGGGCAAGGUCUGGAGCCACGGCUGGAGUUCAGUCCCCCAGCACUAAAGAUGGGAUGGGUGCUGGUGGACAGCGAUGGGGUGGAGGCCACAGUGGUGGUGAAGAACCCAUGCGAAUUCCCCAUCGAGUUUUACUGCCUGGAUUUGGAUGAGCAGUACCUUGAGGAGGAGAAGGUGAGAAGAGUUGACUGCCCAGAGGAGCAGCUGGGCUCUGCAGAGCAUGUGAAGCCCUUCACCAUUGUUACACCUGAAGACAAUCUGGCCAGGACCCCAGAUGAGAAGGGCAGUUCUGCUGAGGGCCAGCCAAAGACAGCAAUGUCUGAAGCCUCCUCUUUAAUUGCCAGGCUGAAACGGUACCGGUGGAUAGUGCCUGCCCUCGGUGAGGUGGAACUGAAGGUCCACUUCUCCACCAAAAAGCCAGGGAAGUUUGAGCAGACGCUGAGGUUUGAGCUGGUGGGGACAAAGCGGCAGUACGAGCUGCCCUGCAGUGGCACCGGCCUGUACCCCAGCAUCAGCCAGAACCCACGGCUGGUGUUUCCACAGUGGAGGAAGACCAUGAAGGAAGGUGAAAUCAUCUUCAAGGAAUAUGUUGAGAGCACCAAGCAAUUCCACUUUGGACCGCUGCUGUGUGGGAAAUCAAGAGAGUGGUACAAGGCCCAGAACUGUCCUAGCAAUUCGGAGAAUAUAACCAUCCUCAACAACUCCCCCAUGGACGUAGAGGUCCAGUUCUCCUUUGAGGAUGAUGAGAAAGCAGAGACCUUCCUUCUGGACCCUCCCAGCAUGACCCUGAAACCAAAGAAGAAGCAGGAGCUGACCAUUUGGGCAUACCCCACUUCCCCUGGCUUCCUGGAAGACAAACUCAUCUGCUGCAUUAACAAGAAUCCAGAGCCAGUGGUCUUCAGCCUGUGCUGCCAUGGGGUGCACAUGAAGCUGGAGGUCAGCCCCCUGGAGCUGUCUUUUGGCAAGCUGCUUCUGCACAGGACUGACAGCAGGACCUUGGUCCUGAAAAACAACACCCUACUGCCCAUGGCCUGGCAGCUCAGUGGGCUGGAUGACCUUGUUGAGGACUUCUCACUGUCACAAGAUAACGGCACCAUUGAUCCCCGCUCAGAGAUUGAAGUGACAGUGAAUUUCAAGGCCCAGCAGAUUGGCACCAUUGAGAAGAGCCUUCGACUCGAGGUUUCAGAUACAGAAAACAUCCUGGGGAUUGUUCAGGUUGAAAACAUCAAACUGUCUGCAGAGGUGUAUGAUGUUCUCCUGAGCAUGGUCCUGCCUGAAGAUGGAACCUUGGAUUUUGGAACCAUCAAUGUCCAGGAUAAUGUGAAGAACAUCCUGACUCUAACAAACAAAGGGAUGUACAACAUCGAGUACAGAUUGAUGCUGAAGGGUGCAGGUCCCAGGAUGCGAGACUUGGCGUCCCACUUCACUGUCAAGCCUCAGUCGGGCAAGCUGAUCGCCUCCCAGCCUGGUGUGAAUAUUGAGAUAUUCUUCCACCCCACAAGGGAAAUCCUCCUCAAGAACAGCCCCAUCCUGUACUGCCAGGUGAUAGAUGCCAUCUCAGGGGAAGGAGGCCAGACUGUCGCCAGCAUCCCAGUGAGGGUGUCAGCAAGAGCUGCCUACAGCAAGUUCAGUAUUGAGCCUGCCUCACCCAUCAAUUUCGGUGCCAUGAUGAAGGGCAGCAAGAAGAGCCAGACUGUCGUGCUGGAGAACACAGGCAUGAUCAGCUUCAAAUUCCGCAUCCACCGAGCAACCGAGGAUGAAUCUCCUUUGGAAAGCAAAAGUUCAAAGCAAGGGGAGUCUGUUCCAUCAGCUAGAAAGCGCUCAGCGGGAAGGAAAUCAAGCUUGACACAGCCUCUCCUGGAACUUCUUCUGCAGGGUCAGCUCAAUGUGGGCAUGUUCACGGUGUCCCCGUGCUCCGGCUCCAUCGCUCCGUGGGGCCAGCAGCAGAUCACGGUGGAGUGCCUCGCAGGGCAGGAGGGGACUUGUGAGGAGCAGCUCUACAUUGACAUCGUGGGCAGAGACCCCAGGGACAAUCCCCUCGGCAUUCCCUUUACCCUGACUGCCGAGUCCUGCCUGCCAGCAUUUGCUGAGGAUGCCAUGUUAAUCUUCGACGAGUACCCGAUCUGCAGCAGCACUGACCUCAGCCACAAGCUGCUCUCUGUGCACGGUGUGGGCCUGUUUGUGAGAGAUGAGAACAAGUUCAUCUUCAACAAGAUUCUGGUUGGGCAAGAGGCUGAAGCCCAUUUCAACAUCUACAACACAACUGCUCUGCCGUGUGACGUGGUCCUCUCCAUCAACCCCCUGCCUGGACAGGAAAAAGGCCCUAUCACCGUUUUCAAGUUGCAUCCUGUCCAGAUGUCCAUUCCUGGCUCAUCCCACGCUGUUGCUACAGUGACCUUCACCCCACCAGACGAGCAGAACUACGACUGCACUUUUAAGGCUUCCCUUGUCAUCCCCAAACGCUCUGUGAAAAUCAAGCCCCAAACCCUGAGCUUCACCAUCAGUGGGAGGGGGCACGAGCCGCAGGUGACAGUCGUGUGCCCAAGAGCUCGCAGCAAGAGAGGAAAUGCCGUGCUGCGCUUCCAGAGGCUCCAGCUGGGGGAUUUAGAGAUGCUCCCCCUGGUCGUCCGUAACAACGGCAUCGUACCUGUCAAGUUUAUGUUACACCUGGAGGAUGAGCAUGGAGCAUUCUUCUUGAAAGGCAGGCGCUCCACACUGGAGAGAUUCCACACUGAAGAUGUGGGAGAGGACUCUGUUGGAAAUGAGAGCAAGCCCCCAAAGAAGCCUCUCCUGCUUCUGCAUCGUGGGCAAUCGGCAGAGUUUGAUGUCAUUUUCAAUCCCACCCUGGCUCGACGUGUGGAAGGGAAGAUCCGUGUUUUAGUGGGGGACACCUACUCUGACAAGACCCUGAUAGAGCUGGUGGGUGAAGGCCACAAGGAUGAAUUCACCCUCAACUGUCUAGAGGAAGACCCACAGUUGAGGAAUGAUAAGAGCAGCUGGAACAAAGACAUCAUUGAUGCUGUCAGACUGAACCACAUCCAGUUUGGGGACUGUCCUGUUGGGAAGCCCUGCCACAGGACCUUCACCAUCACCAACCACACCGGCAUGACGUUCAUGCGCUUCGAGUGGGAGGCAGACGUCCCAUUCCAGUUCUGCCCCAGGGUGGGACAUCUCCACCCUGGCUGCACCAAGGCCAUCACAGUGACCUUGAAAUCAGAUGUUCCAGCCACCUUCAGGAGGCACCUUGUGAAAUGUAAGGUGACCAAGAUCAAGUUUGAGCUGCCACCAUGGAAGGUUCCAGACUGGGACGACGAAAUGUGCAUUGUCGUGUGGAAGGACAUCACCGGGAAGGACCCAGCAGCCCAAUGGCCUGAAAAAGAGAAGACAGUGGAGACAGUCCCGGAACCGGCUCACACUGUGCUGAAGAAGAGCGGCCAGGAGGCCGAGCUGUACCUCAGCGCCUUGGUUGCCUAUGCCCAGUUCAAACUGGACACAGUCGUGGUUCAGCUCAAGGACACCUUGCCCUUCCAGACAAGGACAGCCACUUUCAGGAUGCACAACACAGGGAAGGUGGCCCUGGAAUACUUCUGGGAGGAAGCUGCACCUGCAGAUAGUGAAGCAGUGAGGAUGCCAUAUUCAACCACUCUGAUUAGUCGGCUCAGCUCUGCUCCUGUUGUAAGGCAGCGCAGAAAGCUGGUGCUUCGUUUCCGGAGGGAGCAGGACCAUCCUUUUGAGACGCAUCCUUCUGAGCUGCGGCGCCUACAGUGGCUUGCCAAGGAGCAGCAAGAUUCCGAGCAGGAACAGCUGCAGGAUUCCGAGCAGGAACAGCCAGAUUCUGACCAGGAGCAGCUUUCUGAGGAAGAGCAGCUGGAUGCCAAGCAGAAGCAGCGUUCCAAGAAGCGGUGCCGCUCCAAGGAACGGAGUCUCUCCCCGCAGCGUGCCACUUCCUCCCUGGAAGUCCUCCCAGAUGUCACCCAUGACCAGUCACUGUUCUCCAUCAACCCCAACUUCGGCACCAUCACUCCUGGCCAGAAGAAGACCUUUCAUGUGCUGUUCUCCCCAAAGGAUGUGGGGAACUUUGAGACCACCAUGCUGUGCAGCAUUCCUAACCUGGAGCAGACUCACAGGAUGGUGCAGGUGGUUCUAAAAGGCAGAGCCCGGGAGUGGAAGCGUUUUGGAAAACCAAAAUGCUCUGCCUUACAGCAGACAGAUGAAGGCCAGAGACACAAGAAGCAGCUGCACUGGCAACCAACACCAGAGUGA